CUGAUCAGCCACGUCCUCUAACUUUGAAAUUAAUUCAUGGCUCGGCAUUAUUGUUACUUAUUUAUUAAAAUUUUGGCUAGAUUUAAUAUUCUUUACACUCAAGUUUGUAUUUUCUUUUAAAAAAUGACUUGAUUUGUCUCAAGGGUUUUUGGAAAUUCCUGCAUUUAUGUCACUACUUAUUUUUGGAUGUAAUGAUUUUUAUUUACAAACUGUUUCAUUGCUAUUGAACAGAUUUAAUUUAACUAGCGUGAUCUUUACACAGCGAGUAUUUCGUUCAUUUUUGAGCCCUCAACUUUAAUUUCAAGCCUUCUGUUGCUUCUGUUUUCGGAUAUAACGAUCGAAAAGAAUUCAAAUUCAGUAUUAAGAGGGUUAUCAACUUAAAACGUCGUGACAUCAUUUGUGAAUAAGUUGUUUUGAAGACAAAUCCCUUAAAUAUUACAAAAAAAAAAUAAUUAAAGUGGUUUGAAGCCAUUAAUUAACUUCAAAAGUGGUUCCAAAUAAUUCGUAAAGUUGGAUAAAAUAACGACUGCAGCAUUGGAUUAUUCAUAUAGCAACAUGCCACAUCCGGAUAUUAAAAGAGAACGGAAAAGUUCAGCGGCACCAUUAUCGCCAUGUCCGUUCCCUGAUAUUUCGGACGAUGAACUUGUUUCCAUAUCUGUUCGUGACUUAAACAGAACGCUAAAAUUGAGAGGAUUAAAUCGAGAUGAAAUUGUUCGGAUGAAACAGCGACGAAGAACACUCAAAAAUCGUGGAUAUGCUGCAUCAUGUCGAAUCAAAAGAAUUGAACAGAAGGAUGAAUUGGAAACAGAGAAGACACAAGUAGUUACUGAAUGGAGAGAUAUAGAGUCUAUGAACGAUGACAAUAUGGUCAUUAGAGACGAAAUUGAUGUGAUUCGAGCCAAAUAUGUUGCAUUAAAAAAGUUUGCAAAUGACAAAAAAAUUUCAUUACCACAAGAAUUAGAGAAUUUAUAAAUAUAUAUACUGUGCAUGCAAUUUUGUACUUACCUCAAUACAUUUUUUUUAUUAUUAUGACUAGUAGAUCAUAGAUUAAGGGAAAUUAAAAGGAUAUCAGUGAAUUUAUUACCUAUGUAGUAUAAUAAUGAUAUUAAUAUAUAAAAUAAAUGACAUUCCAUUAAAUUUUAAACGAUUAUGCAGGACA